AUGCUCAACAUAAGUAUUACCAUGUGUUAUCGCUUCUUAGCUGAUUGUAAUCGUGAAUCAUGGUGUUUAUGUCUCGACUGGCGGCAAAUAUGUAAUGGCAAAGUCGAUUGUAUGAAUGGCGAAGACGAACAAUGGUGUGGAAUAUUAGAGAUGACAACAUGUGCUGAUGAUGAAUAUCGAUGUCAUUAUGAUGGUCAAUGUAUUCCAAUGGCAUAUGCACGAGACGGCACUGUUAGUAUUGACUGCCUCGAUGGUAGUGAAGAGGUAGAAAGCUACUACAAAUAUAUAUCUUUGAAAAAUUAUUUUUGUGGUUCGCGCAUCGUAUUUCGAUGUGACGAGCGUAUUGAUCGAUAUGCUCUUGCUUUUCCAUGUGGUAAUAGUGAAUUUUUUCCAACGGCUAUGAUUCCAGUUAAUAUAAAUGGUUGUUCGAACAAACAAAAUAGAGAAGUGGCUUUAACCAUGUUUACUUCGUUCCAUCACAUUAAAGAUAGUAAAUGCCAACAAGCAUUUCGUUGUUCCCUACUGUCAAAUCGGAGUUAUAUAUCAAAUGCAGCAUUUUUACAUGUUGAAUAUGAAUUCUUUCAGCUCUAUCAUGUAUGUUCAACUACCGGCAAUGAAAUGUCAUGUGCAAAUUCAUCUUAUUUUCAUUGUAAUACAUCUUUAAGAUGCAUUUCAUAUAAUCGUGUUGGUGAUGGAUUCAGAGAUUGUUUAUAUAAUGAAGACGAAUCAUUUUCUGCAUGCCAUCUGAAUGACUCAAAUCGAUUUAUGUGUCCAUCAGAUCCAACCAAGUGCUUGUCGCUUGUAGCGAUUGGGGAUGGAAUUAACAAUUGUCCAAAAGGAGAAGAUGAGACAGAAAACAAUAUAUAUGGCAUCCAGCGACCAAUACCAUUUUCAUCUAUAUGUGACAUAACUCCAUACAUUGAAGCAACAGAUGGGAACGAAACUGAUGAAACAAACUGUGAAUGGUGGCCAUAUGAUACUGCAUACUCACAUUGUGAUGCAUUAUGGGAUUGUCAUAAUGGCAUCGAUGAACUUAAUUGUCCCGAUACGAAUUGCUCAUUGAAUGAAUUUCAAUGUAAAAGCGAAUAUUUGAAUCUAACUUAUUGUUUACCAUUAGUGCACAUGUUUCAUAAGCGCAAAGAUGAUUGUACCGAUAAUAAUGUAGUUAUUCAAGAACUUUAUUUCGACAAUAGAACAAGUGACAUUAGCAAAUAUUUUUACUCAUUUAACAAAUCCAAAUGUAUUACUGAAGACAACAUUUGUAAUCAUCAUUCAGAAAGAGCAAAUGUACAAAAAGACAUAUGUCUUAAAAGUCAUAUACGCACCAUACUGGUCGAUUAUGAGAGUCAAAUCUAUCAAGUUGAUAAUCGUAAUACAUACUUAUGCAGUCUUCAACCUAACACGGGGAUGCUCUCUGCUUUCAACGAUCGCUUCUUGAGUCCUUUACGACUUAGCUAUUAUCCAUCAAUAACAUCUACAACUUCUAAUCAAAACUUUUUCAAAAAAUCUACACACAAAAAUGAUAUAUCUCAGAUGGAUGCUGCACUUGCUUGGUAUUGUCAUUAUGGUGCUCUCACAUUAUUCAAGGGUAUUAAUAAAACAAAAGCAUGUCUCUGUCCACAAAAUUAUUUUGGUUCCCAAUGUCAAUGGCAGAGUCAACGUGUUUGUUUGACUUUACAGUUUAGAAAACAAAGUAAGGCAUGGCAAAAAAGUUCGCGUCAUUUUUCCUAUCGAUGUAUUUUUCCAACUGUUUGA